AUGGCGAAGCGGCACAAGCACUACAAUAAUGCUCGAGGGAAUGGCAGGUCACGCGGCAGACUACAGCGCGGCGGGAGGCGGAGAGGAGCCGGUGACGGGAGACCCAUGGGCUCAUCUGCUGAGGAUGUGUGGCUGAAUUCUUCCCUUGGAGCCAUGUCUGACGACGAUAUACCGUCUAUGGGUGAACGUUCAGACAUAGUACUGCACAACAGAGGAAGAAGGUCGUAUAUGUCCCCGCGGGCUGUGGAACGGUACUACUUUGGGGACGGUGGGAGACUCAAGGAGAAGUCGUUGCGGAUGGGAGGCUCUCGUCCUGGGGCACGGUCAGGCGGUCCAGAUAGGGAUUCAGACUCUAACAAGAAAAUGGUCUUUGUGAAGAGCAAAGAGCUUUAUGAUCCCUCGCAUGAUCUUAUAGAGAAACUCAUCGCCAAGAAUAAUGCUACGGUGGCAAAAUCCCAUAACCAAAGCUUGCCCAGUCCACAAAACAGUGACAAAGAAACAGCAGAAGAGAGUACUGAAGACAGGACAAAGUCGAACUCUGCACCUCCUCGUGAGGAUGAAUACGAAAAUUUUGAAGAGUCGUCUGAUGAAGCUGCUAUCGAAAGUGACACCAAUCAUAGAAGCAUAGAGGGAUUAGCUGACGAAGCUAAGUCUAAUCUUGGAAAAGAUGACGAUAUUUUAUUUUUUGUUGAUGAAUCUGGUGACGAGCUGCAGCAGAAAGAUAUCCGAAGUGUCCGCGUGGAGGAGAAAGAGUCUGGGAGCCGAGCAUCUGCCAUUGAGUUCAAUCCUUCGAUAACUAUUGGUAAAACAGAACUAGACCUUGAGAGAACUGACAAUGGUGACAGCAGGGAAGUGAUAAUGAAACAACCAACCCACAGGGCACAUCCUUUCAGUAGUUACAUCUCUAACGUUAUGAAAAAUAUCAGUAUCGAUGAAAACGAGGACGAGGAUGAGGACGACAGUGACGAUUGCUUAGACAAUGUAGAAAUUGACGAUAGCAUGUUUGACAAUCACAAGGACAUAGAUAUAGAGCCGGCGGUAUCUCCAUCCGACUCGGAGUCUCACGAGAACUACUCUUCGGAAAAAGAAAAUAAACCAUCAGAACAUUUACAAGACGAUGAGGCACCCGAAUUUGGCUUUAUUGAGGAGGAUUACCAAGUUAACACGUCUGAUAUUUCUGUUACUAACCUGAGAUUAGGUUAUCAGGAGAAUGCAUACUUUGUCAAAAACUUUCAAUUUUUUGGCGACUAUGAGUCGCACUGGAUAGACCAGGAUUCCUUUUCUGAUUUUCUGUUAAAUGAGAUUGGAUUACCAGAAACGAGGUUACAAAGCUAUUUCAAAUACCUGGAAAAUCUGUUGAUACCCAAAGAGGAGACUCCAGAGCCCACUCUUUCAGAUGUAAGAUUUUCAAGCUCUGAAGAGGAGUUUGAAGAACCUGACAAUGAAAUGGCCGACAACAACAAUAUUUUACCCGAUGAUGUCUUGGAGGGGAUCGAUGAUCUGGUAUCGUAUUCGAUGAAAUACAGCGAUACAAGGAACCAAGAGUUUGAAACUAGAGCACUUCCCACAAUGGGGAAGGGCAAGAAGAAAAAAUUUCUUGUCGAUGAAGCCUUGCAAUUGGAAAGUGAAACUAUCGAGACCUUACAGGACAAACUGUUCAAGCGGAACAGCGACAAGGCGAAACGCCGAAGGGGCAAGGAAGAUUUUAUUUCAAAGGAGAGGGAGAAUUCAGAUGACCUGUUUGAAAAGUACCCAUAUGGCUUUCACAUUCAGAAUAUGAUGGAUGAGUUUGAGAACUUCAUGCGGAAGGAGAAGGAUUCGAUGUCGUUCCCACCGUUGGAUCCUCAUGGUAAUAAAACUAUCAUGAAGUUUGCCACGCAUUAUAACAUGAAGACAAACAAGUCUGGUAAUGGCAAAGGGCAACAUGUGGUGGUUCAGAAAGUCAAGCAAACGUACAGGCGGCAGCCUAAUUACAAUCUGAUCCAGCAACUGCUCAGACAAAGACCCGUGUUUAUGCGUAUCGAUGUCUCGCGCAUCACGAACAACGAGGAAUUCAAAGACCAAGAGAGGAGAGUUAUCAGGGAGAGAGUUGGUCCGAAAGCCAAAUUUCAUGUGAAGGAAGGUGAAGUAGUCGGAGAGACAGCACCGGAAAUCGGCAAAGACAACGUCGGCAGACGGAUGUUGGAAAAGCUCGGGUGGAGUGUAGGUGAAACCUUAGGGGUGGAGGGGAAUAAAGGUAUUAGUGAGCCAAUAAUGGCCGUGGUCAAGAAGACGAAGAAAGGUGUUGGGCACCAGAAACGUGAACAGAGCACUGGUGACGAGAGCGGCAAACCAAGAGGGCACACCCACUCACGUGGGAACCGUCGACGUAGACACUAG